UCCCUUGCGGUCUGAAGAUUAAUGGAAGGGGUCUGUUGAUCUGAGGAAUCGACUAUCAGGUGGUCGGUCCCAGGAAACCACUGCACUUGACGGCUUGUGUAGAAACGAAUGGAGCGAUAUCUGUUUGAAUAACAAACAGCGGGGAAAAACGAGUAGCCUGGACACCAGUUUUGUCAUCCAGGUUUCCCCUGAAAAGGCCUGCCUAUACAGAGAUAGCACCUGGUUAGCUCAGGCCAGGAUACGACUGCAAGGGACGCUAGAAGCUAACGCUAGCUUCCUCGGAAAACAGCUUUCGACGAACUGUGUCCGGACUGGAUUUUGGAUAAAUCAAACCGUCUCUGGAAAUACAGGACAGUCAAGUGACAUCCUUAUCCGCCGGUGCUCGCUUGGAAAUAGACGAGCUAACAGGCUGACAUCCGCUGGCUAUACAGUUAGCUAACGUGCUAGCCUAGCUAACCUGAAGCGCUAGUGUUAGGUGCAGACUUGGAUAUACUCGAGUGGCUGGAGUUUCCUCAACUCAUAACGGAGACGUAUUUGAGUAAAUAUUUUUACAUUCGUUUGUCAAUAAUGAUAGCUGUUAGCUAGUAGCUAGCUGUCAGCUUCAUUGAGUUCUACGACUGCAUUAGCGGUGUAGCAUCACUCAACGACUUGUAAAGGAAAACUCAUUCCGAGCCCAGGGAGUCCACCAUCAGCCUGCCAUCAUGGGCAACACGCCCACCGCAAAGAAAGGCAAUGAGAUGGAGAGUGUGAAGGAGUUUCUUGCCAAAGCCAAAGAAGACUUCCUGAAGAAAUGGGAGAAUCCAGCACAGCAAACCGCGGCAUUGGACCACUUUGAGCGUCUGAAGACCUUAGGCACUGGUUCAUUUGGUCGAGUCAUGUUGGUGAAGCACAAAGAGACAGGCCAGCAUUUUGCCAUGAAAAUACUUGACAAACAAAAGGUAGUGAAGCUGAAGCAGAUAGAACACACACUGAACGAGAAACGUAUCCUGCAAGCUGUCAGCUUUCCCUUCCUGGUGCGACUGGAACACUCUUUUAAGGAUAACAGUAAUCUGUAUAUGAUAAUGGAGUAUGUGCCUGGAGGUGAAAUGUUCUCACACUUAAGGAGGAUCGGUAGAUUCAGUGAACCACAUGCCCGCUUCUACGCAGCCCAGAUUGUACUGACCUUUGAAUACCUUCACUCACUGGAUCUCAUCUACCGAGAUCUGAAGCCGGAGAACCUGCUCAUCGACCAGCAAGGUUACAUACAGGUAACAGAUUUUGGAUUUGCGAAAAGGGUGAAGGGCCGAACCUGGACGCUUUGCGGGACUCCAGAGUACCUGGCGCCAGAGAUCAUCCUCAGUAAGGGUUACAAUAAAGCAGUGGACUGGUGGGCCCUGGGAGUACUGAUAUAUGAGAUGGCUGCUGGUUACCCUCCCUUCUUUGCUGACCAGCCCAUUCAGAUUUAUGAAAAGAUUGUAUCAGGGAAGGUUCGCUUUCCAUCCCACUUCAGCUCAGACCUGAAGGAUCUGUUGAGAAAUUUGCUGCAGGUGGACCUCACCAAGCGAUUUGGCAACCUCAGGAAUGGAGUCAAUGAUAUCAAGGGCCACAAGUGGUUUGCCACCACUGACUGGAUUGCCAUCUACCAGAGGAAGGUGGAAGCUCCCUUUAUUCCGAAGUGCAAAGGCCCCGGUGACACGAGCAACUUUGACGACUACGAGGAAGAGGAAAUCCGAGUCUCCUUCACAGAGAAGUGUGCAAAGGAGUUUGCCGAGUUCUAGAUUCCAACCACGAGUAGCGGACGCACACGCAAGACAGAGAGAGAGAGAGAGAAAGAGAGAGAGAGAGAGACAGGGAUUUAGAAAGUAAAAGGGGGUCUGAACACAGGAAGCACUAGGGUGGACUGAUAACUUGCUUAUUUGUGAUGAGUUUUACAAUGUAAAAUCCCCCCAAUGGAAAGGUAGGCAAAGUGAAGACAGAUCUAACAGAACCAGCAGUGUUGCCUUUCUGAUUGUUUCUCAACUGUUACCUAUUCAUUUUAUUUAUCCCUCUUGUGUUCGUGGCAGGGGCUCGACGAGAACAGGCACCGAUUGUGACUGUUCAGCUAGACUUGUAUCUUUCUGAUGGUGUGAUGACAGUCUUUGCAGGUUGAGGCAUUGGUUUUCUGUUAAGGUACUGAAUCUGCUAGGCUCCUUUUUGGGUUUUUUUUUUUUUAAUUUUUUUUUGGAAUGGGCCCCUCUCUACAAGUUUCUCUAAGAGUGAUUGUUGUAUCUUGUCACCCCGGUUCCCCCCCCUCCUCCCCCCACCUUCCUCCCCCUUCUCCAUCUCUCCAUCCUGAAUCUGUCCAAGCAAUACCAAGUCCAACAGAUGUGCCUAUCAUAAUGCCAACUGGUUGGAAAACUGUGUUGAAAGAAUUGGUGCAGAGUUUCGGCUGUGGCGGCAUCAGCCCUCGUGCCCGUUUGAUUGAAAGCUUGAAAACUCUCUGCACCUGCCUUUGUCUGCUCAAUGUGGCAUGAUUAUUGGGUAGAUGAUGCACUCUACUGCUUGCACUUGAAGCAGUGGUGACCUCUUUGAUCAGAGUGGAAAUGAUUUAUCACAGUAAACUUCGUCUAGGUCUUACUCCUUCGGGGGACCUGCGAGAAGUAAACAUGAGGUCUGAAUUUAAGUCUGUCUUUCUCUUAGCUGAAUUUAUUAGAGCAUUUUAAAAAAAAAAUCCUAUUGGUGAUCAUUUUGUCCUUUUUAUGUCAAAUCUCUGUGCUUGUGUGUUAUUUAGUGCUCAAGGGUGGGUUUAAAAAGCUGUGAUUUAGCAGCAGCUAACAUUGUGGUCACACUCCUGACUAUUGUUUAUUUAAUUCAUAGAACAUUUAUACAUGUAUAUUGAUAUAUGAUAGAGAACAUGAAAUAUCCAUCUUUUUCAAAAAAAAAAAAAAAUGUCUCAUAGCUGUGAAACUGAAUUAAGAUUUCAUAAAUAAACGAAUAUAUGAAUUCUGCCAAAUUUGCAAACUGAGAACACUGCAGUUUUCUGUAUGUAACUAUGACGGUGGUGGAUUUUAAUACGCAAAACAGUAGCAAAACGUUUCGACAACAUGUGCAUGUUAUUUUUGUACAAUAUCACUUUUAAAGAAAGACGGCAGAGCAUUGUGCUUGAUUUGUGCUGAGGUACCUGAGAUCGUGGAUAACAUGUUUAAUAUUAAAAAUGGACACUCAAAGCUCUGUUGACGAUGGAACACGACCCAGCCACGUGUGUGUGUGUCUGGGCUCAGUUCAUUAUUCAGCUGUAGGGCAACAGUUUGCAGAUAAUUGUCACUGAACUUGUGCUUCUCACCUUGACAACUGUUUUCUUUUUUUCCCCCCUUUUCUCUUUCUCUUGUAUGUUCCUUACAUGUAACACCUUCACAUAGAUUUGCAGUCCGACCUAAUUUUUUAUUUUUUUUUGGGGGGGGGGGACUGUUGGGAUUGAAGUGUUUUGUUUCCAUUUUCCAGCUUUCUAUGUAACAAAUUAAACUUAAGGAAGCUAUCCUAAAGCUGUCCCCUUUUGCCAAGUUUAUUUCUGUGGAUGCAAGACAAUCGCAGACCAAAUCUUAUUGCUGGUUUGUUGACUGAACACAUUGUUUUGUUUUUUUUUUGUUGGUUUCAUGAAGGAUUUUACACUUUCGCUCAGCCAGCCCCUCCAUAAGCCCUAUAGGUGCUAGACUUUGUCCAUCUCACUGAAAAGCUUCUGUGAAUUGUUUGAUGUGCUUCAAUCUAUUUGUCAUAAAGUCUUGUAAACAUGACAUUUUUAGAAUGUUCUUUGGCUAAAUGAUUUCAGUAGGCUCCAGUACUUCUUUUUGGCAGUGUCUUAAUGUAAUUGAGAUCAAACGCAGGAUACCUUUUUGAAUGUCUUGAACUGUCUGAUGGAGAUGUUUCAGUGCUGUUUGGAAACAUGAUGUGUGUAUUUUUGUUUUUGUUUGUUUUUUUUAAACAAUACACCUUUCUUUGGUGAGCUUGGUUUUUCUUGCAUGUGGUAAAGCAGCCCGAUAGCAAGACUCCUCCUCCCCCCUCCACACCCACAACCACCACCACCCGGACCUGUUUGAGAAAUCAUUGUUUCCGCAGCUAACGGUCUUGUUGCUGAUUAACCUUUGAUUUGUUCGAGCAUCACACUAAACAGUGCAGUGGAUCACCAACCAACUUGUCCAGUCUUUUUAAAAAAUAGUGAAGCACACGCCAUACCUUUUCAAUAUGAAUUCAUUUGUGCUAAUUCUUUGAAACCUUCAAGACACAAUGUAACGCUUGGAAGAGAGCACAUGUAAUAUCUUUUUCGCCUUUAUGUCCUGACAAAUGACUAAAUCAGAGUUGGUGGGUAGAAGGCGAUGCCACUUGAUCCACUUCAGACACUGAAGCCAUCACAGUGCUUGUUUUUUUGUUGUUGUUGUUGUUGUUUCUUUGUUUCCCCAUACACAAAACUUCUUGUCAGUUGUCUUGAAUUCUUUUUUUUCUAUCAGCUGAACACUAUCAACUGCUCUGUGCUACUUUCAGUUUUUCUCCUGUUUGCCUUCUAUCUUCAUCAGGUCUCCACACACUCUUUAUUCAGACAUAACACUUUUUACAUCUGAGAUGUUUUGCGUUCAUAUUUUCUAAUUGUAUUUUCAAAAAAAAAAAAGGACGAAAAAAAGAAAAAAAAAAAGCAAAAACAGAACAUUAAUCUUUUUUCCUCAUGACCUGGGUACAGUGAUUGUGUAGUCUAUUGUACCUUUUGGGAAACAAUACUGUAUAUCCUUGCCUUUGACAGUCUUAACUAUCUUACCCUCUGGAGAACUUGACAGAUACCCUUAGAACACAAUGAGUAUGUUAAAAAAAAUAUAUACAUAAAGUAAUAUUUUGCAAAAUGUAUCAUUCCAAUAAAGUUUUACUUGUUAAGACUAA